AUGGUCGCCGCGCCCACUGCCUGGUGCUCCAUCGCUCUGGCCCUGCUGAUGGCCCUGCACCAAGGCCAGGGCCAGACCCCCGUGGGCCCCGAGCAGCCUGCGCACUCCUCCCGGGCCUGGGGCGCCCACCUGCGGCCUCGGCGGUGCUCCUGCAGCUCCUGGCUGGACAAGGAGUGUGUCUACUUCUGCCACCUGGACAUCAUCUGGGUGAACACCCCGGGACAGACAGCUCCGUACGGACUGGGAAACCCGCCAAGACGCUGGCGCCGCUCCCUGCCAAAGCGCUGUGAGUGCACCAGUGCCAGGGACCCCGCCUGUGCCACCUUCUGCUAUCGAAGACCUGGGCUGAAGCCGAGGCAAGACCCUGCUGUGGGUGCCCUGGUGGCACGGUCCAGGCUGGCAAGACCUGGGGGCUCCGGAGGAGAGCAUGCCCAGUGGCUGAGGAGCAUUUUUCCUGCCAAGACCCACCUUGCCAGGAGACAGCAGAAGACAAGGAGGGAGUCCAGGCUUACACCUCCCCGGUGGAGGAAGAGAUAGCGCUGGGCACCAGAGGGUCAUUGUGGAGGAAGCCGCAUGGAGACACGAGGAGAGGGGCAGCCCAAGGCUUGUGGGAGACCCUCUGCCUAUUUCCUGGGGACAAAACUCUGGUGGCAGCCAGCUGGACUCGCUCACUGGGAUUGGCACAAACCUUGACUCCUUGCUUUGGUGAGAGAGCCCCCACUAGGGAGCUCCACGUACUCACGUGACCAGGAAAGCUCUA